AAUACAACGGCAACUUGUCGCAGCCUUUCAAUAUUGGCACAUACGUCGUUGUAGCAGCACCGCCACCUGUUGCUCCUCAGCCACAUAGAGCUCUGUUUUUCGAGUUCUCGUCUUCCUCUGUGAGUGUGUGUGUGUGUGUGUGUGUGCGUGUGUUGGUGGACAUAUGUGUCGCUUUUGCUUAUACAUAUAUUAUAGCAUAAUUUGUGGCGCGAAAAAAUAUUGAAUCAAACAAAAGACUAGUUAAACAAGCCAUAUGGCAAACUAAAUUUAUCGUGCGGGAGUGUCUAAGCAGGCUUUAAAUUAGUUUAUUGUCUGCGUGUGCCAUGUCGGAGAAAUCAACAUACAAUCGUGGGCAUACUGAAGGCCUGAAGACUGAAGCAGCUGCUCAACUAAAUAGUUCUGGUUGCUCCACAUCUCCCGCCCAUACAAACGGAAAUCGGUGUUUAAUUGCACUGAUUGUAUAUUUGGCCCUACUUCUGGAUAAUGUUCUACUGACCGUAAUCGUGCCCAUAUUGCCCGACUAUUUGGCCAAUCUGGAUAUAGAGCAACAGCAUCGGCAGGACCAGCUUCAUCGCCUCUCGCCCAUGUUAAUCAGUUUAGACACUAAUGGAGUCUCCAAGCCACCGUUAAUAUAUCGCCAUGGAGAGCACUUUGUGGCCAAACAUCCCAUUCCUGGUAAAUCGAUGGUUAAUUUCAAUCCAUUGCAAGUCCCUUCAAACGAUGCGACCACAACCACGCCCACGAACACGGCUAUGCCCAUGCCUGUGCCUAUGCCCACAGUAUUGAUGGGCAGCAUUGAAAAUCAGUCGGGUGGCAGUAAUGUGUCCAAAGGCCUGGCAAAGUCUGUUGAUAACCGCAAUGACAACAGCAACAGCAACAACAACAACAACAACGGCAACGGCAAUAUAAGCAGCAAUAACACAUUGGCCUUGACGCAAGAGAAUGGCUCCAUUGGACUGCUGCUGGCCAUGAAGGCACUGGUACAAUUAAUUUUCAAUCCCAUCGUUGGCAAUGCGUCCAACAAGUUUGGUUACCGCCUACCCAUUGUGGUCGGUACCUUUUUCCUGUUGGUCUCCUCGCUGGUCUUCACAGUUGGCGAAUCAUAUUGGUCAUUGCUAUUGGCUCGAGCCGUUCAGGGCGUGGGAUCUGCCUGCGUUAAUAUUUGUGGCAUGAGCUUGGUGGCCCAACACUAUCCUGAAGAUGAUCGACGCUCUAAGGUGAUGGGCAUUAUUUUGGGCAGCAUCGCUUUAGGUGUAUUGCUCGGUUAUCCUUUCGGUGGCAUCCUUUACGAUUUAGCUGGCAAACCUGCUCCGUUUAUUAUACUCUCUGCAUUCAUCUUUUUGAAUUUGGGCCUACAAUUGUUCACAAUGGAUUUGACCGUGCAGCCUGAGGUGGAAUUGGAGUUGGAACAAAAGGCACCCAAAUGGCGCCCGUUGCUAGAAUGUAAAAUGAUUCUGGCCAUUGUUGUGGCGAUUUGGUUCUCCACAUCAACAAUGGCCAUAUUGGAACCGUGUCUGCCCAUUUGGUUAAUUCAAUAUCUCAAGCCGAACAAGUGGCAGCUGGGAACAGUUUUCAUUCCAGACUCUUUGGGCUAUUUUGUGGGUACGAAUUUCUUUGGCACCAUUGCCUAUCGCUUUGGCCAGGUGAAAGUAUCCUGCAUUAGUCUAAUUCUGGUAGGCGUUGCAUCUAUAUUGAUACCCAGUGCCACAACACUGGCACAGCUUCUGUUGCCCCAUUUUGCAUUGGGAUUGGGCAUAGGAAUAAUUGAUGCUGCUUUAGUUCCACUGCUGGCUAGCUUUGUAGAUGCCACUCUAAGCAAGGAGGAAGCCUCUAAUGAUUCUUCAAAAACCAUAUCCAGCUAUGGCACUGUCUAUGCCAUCCAACAGACUUCCGUUAGUCUGGCUUAUUGUCUGGCUCCUUUGAUUGGCGGUGAACUGGCUCAGAAUUUUGGUUUUGCUUGGCUUAUGCGUAUUGUGGGCAUCUUUAACUUGGCCUAUGGCCCAAUGUUGGUCUAUCUUCAUCACAAAUACGACCCCAAGACGCAACGUGACCAGAGCCAAGAUAUAUUGCUUCAAACCAGUGGUCGUGGGUCACGAUAUAAUCAAUUUUAUAAUUCAAUGGAUAUGGAAUAAAUAAUUAAUAUUUUUACUAUAAGAAAUCCUAAGCUAAAGCAAUAUCUUUAAAAAUUAUAGAUAAAGGAUAUUAUUAUCAUUUACCCGAAACUUCAACGUCAUCCUAAUACAUAUUGAAUAACCCGUCCGUUUGAUAAAUAUUAUUUUUAAAGAAUUUAAUUAAUUAAUUGCUAGCAUCUUUGGCACUUUCUAGGAAAUAGGUAUCACUGUAAUCUAUUUAAUCUGUGUAAAAUACCGAAUAUGCAUUUAUUUCCUUUCUUCUCAAUAAAAAUAAACGAUAAAUUCGAUAUGUUGAAUUGUAAGAUUUUAGAUUUUUAAGUAUGCCUUGAUUUUUGUUUUGUCGGCAACAUGCUAUAUCUCAGUCUAUGGAAUAUUCAUUCCAAUUCUUGACUCCGUUCGGCAAA